AUGGCCACCCUGGUAGAAACUGCAGAUAUGGAGACUUUAGGCGGUCAAAGCAACACCGGGGCAUCUCCGACAUCCUCGAGCCCCGCGCAGCACUUCACUGACAGCAAAUUCUACUUGCUGGUGGUGAUCGGGGAGAUCAUAACAGAGGAUCACCUCAAGUGUGCCAUUGCGGACAUAGAGAAAGGGAUCCGAUCUUGGGAUACCAACCUGAUUGACUGCAACCUGGACCAGGAACUCAAGCUGUUUGUCUCCAGACACUCAGCUCGUUUCUCUGCAGAUGUCAAAGGUCAGAGAAUUCUUCACCACAAAAGUAAUGUCCUGGAGACGGUGGUACUCAUCAACCCUUCUGAUGAAGCAGUCAGUAUUGAGGCUCGUUUGAUGAUCUCAGACUCUGCCAGACACAAACUUCUGGUCCUCUCAGGGCAAUGCUCUGAAAACACUGGCGAGCUGAUUCUUCAGUCUGGAUCUUUCUCUUUCUCCAACUUUAUUGACAUAUUCGCUGACCAAGAGAUUGGUGAAUUGCUCAGCACUAUUCACCCAGCAAACAAAGCCAACCUUACACUCUCUUGCCCUGAACAAGGUGACUGGAAAAACUCCAACUUGGACAAACACAACCUACAGGACUUCAUUAACAUGAAACUGAACUCCACCCUCAUACUCCCUGAAAUGGAGGGUCUCUCAGAGUUUACAGAGUACUUAUCUGAAUCAGUAGAGAUCCCAUCUCCUUUUGACAUGUUGGAACCACCAACCUCAGGCGGAUUCCUCAAACUCUCCAAACCCUGCUGUUACAUUUUCCCCGGUGGUAGCGGUGACUCCGCUCUCUUUGCUGUCAAUGGCUUCAACAUGCUGAUUAAUGGUGGCUCGGACAGGAAGUCAUGCUUCUGGAAGCUGGUGAGACAUCUGGACCGGGUAGACUCCAUCCUCCUGACACACAUCGGGGACGACAACCUGCCAGGCAUCAAUAGCAUGCUGCAAAGGAAGAUUGCAGAACUUGAAGAGGAACAGUCGCAAGGUUCGACAGCCAACAGUGACUGGGUGAAGAACAUGAUUUCACCAGAUAUUGGUGUUGUGUUUGUGAAUCUUCCUGAAAACCUGGAUAACCCUGAACCCAAUUACAGAGUGAGGAGGAAUGUUGAGGAGGCAGCAUUCACUCAACAGUUCCUCACCAAGCUGAAUUUGAGGAUAGAGCCUUUGCAAAAGCCUGUUGGAAAUGCUAUAGAACCCAUCAUACUUUUUCAGAAAAUGGGUGUGGGGAAGCUUGAGAUGUAUGUUAUAAAUCCAUCAAAGAACAGCAAAGAGAUGCAACACUUUAUGAAACAGUGGACAGGUAGUGAAAAAGACACCGCUUCUAUUCUGCUGCCAAAUGGAAAAGAGUCUGAAUUCCCUGUCUCUUACUUGACUUCAAUCUCUUCACUCAUUGUGUGGCACCCUGCAAAUCCCUCAGAUAAGGUUGUUCGUGUUCUCUUUCCUGGAAAUGCCACCCAGCAUCACAUCUUUGAAGGUUUAGAAAAGUUAAAGCACUUGGACUUCUUGAAGCAGCCAGUUGUCACUCAAAAAGCGAUGUCUUCUAAUAUGCCAUCAACACCGACUCUAAAGCAAGCUAAGAUGAAACACAGAACAGACAGCAAAGAGAGUCUGAAGUCUACCCCGAAGCCAUCACCAAGCAAAAGCAUCAGGAAGGAUUCAAAGGAGGAAACACCAGAAAAGGCAAAAACAGAUGCAGAAUCAUCCCAUGAAAAAACACAAAAGACGGAGAAAAAAGAAAAGGCCCCACUGAAAAGGGAAAAAGCAAAGGCACAUGAGAAAGAAUCAAAAGCAAAGGCAGAGCAAACAGCUCAAAAUGAAACUCCAGAAAAAAAGAAAACCGAAAUAAAAUCCAAAUCUGAAAAGGAAAGGAUUACAAAGAGGGACACCAAAGUAUCUGUGGAAAAGAAGAAGGAGGUUAAAAAAGAAGUAACAAAGAAAGAUGAUACACCCAAACACGAAAUUAAAAAAGAAGACAAAAUGAAGAAAGAGGAGGCAAAGAGAGUUAUAAAAAGGGACAUCAAAAGAGAUUCCCCUCUGAAGGAAAAGAAGGAAGAAAAGAAAGAGCUAAAGAAAGAUGUGAAAAGGCCCUUUAAAGACAUAAAAAAGACAUCCACUGCAGGUGAGGAAAAAAGUCCAAAACCAAAGCCCCUGAAAAAAGACGAUGCAUCAAAGAAGGAAGCAGCAAUCCCAUCAAAGUUAAAAGAGAAAGGAAAGGUGAUAAAGAAGGAGACAAAGAAGGAGACAAAGGUGGAUAGUGGUAAACUUGCAGCUACUGCAGCAGCUGUUGUAGAGGAUCCAGAAGUGGAGAGAUCUCUGAUGUCCUCACCAGAGGACCUCACAAAGGACUUUGAGGAGCUCAAAGCAGAGUUUGUGGAGGAUGAUGCAACUGUACAACAAACUAAGGAGGAAGAGUCUGUGAUGAUCCACCAUGAAGAAGUAAUCCAGACUAAAGAGUCACCUGAGGCAUUAGAGUCUGUGGAUGAGGGUAUAACCACAACAGAGGCUGAAGGAGACAAUGGAGAGACUCCAGAUGAACAGGUUCCUAAGGGAAAACUCAAUAGCAGUGUAAGUGAGAAGUUUGAAGAUGAGGGCACUGUGAUGGAAGAGACAUCCGAAGGAGGGGAUUAUGAAGAGAAAGGAGAAAUAGAAGAAGUUUAUGAACCACAGAGAGUGGAAUCAGAUAAAGAAAAGCUUACACCUACUGAAAAUAAACAUAUUGAUGAAGUCAAACCAGGAGAUAGUGCUAAGGACAAUGAUGAUGUGCCUAAUGAAAAUGUAGAAGGUCAGCAUAUACGUGAAAGAGAAACUGAGAAACAGAAAAUGUUUGUAUCAGAUUCACCCAAAGUGUCCUCGCCAGUUUCCCCAGCUGCAUCUAUCCAUGAUGAAAUGAUUCCAGUUGGCUUUGAAAGCUCAACAGCCUCAGAUGAUGAAAACAGAGAUGAACCCCAUGAGGAUUACACCAUCACCUCUGCCCACACUCAGUCCACCAUUGAGAUCUCAAGUGUGCCUACUCCUAUGGAUGAGAUGUUAACUCCAAGGGACAUUAUGAGUGAUGAAAUGAAUAUGAAUGAUGAGACUGAAUCUCCUUUACAGGAUGUUGGCAGGUUUGGUACCUCACUAUCUGGAGAGUUUGAUAGGAAGAGGAUCUCUCCACUUCAGGAUUUGGUGGGAUCAGAUCACUCUCAAAGUGAUGCCACAGAAGGCCACGACUACAACCACUCCGCUUCCACGAUAUCUCCCCCUUCAUCACUAGAAGAGGAUAAAUUCUGUAAGGAGUUUCCCUUUGAAGGGAAAGCUGAAGGGUUUGCUACUGCUCAAGAUACUACUGAGAAGUUUGAUGCAGACUCAGCUAGACUCACUUCAGCUUCCACAACAUCACCUCUUGUACGUUCACCCUCAGUAGACAGGAAGAACAAGUUUGAUUCUCCAUCAUUGUUUGCUGCUCCAAUAGAACUGUCCACCACUCUGGCAGGGAGCACCAAAGCAACAGCUGAGUCCUCCAUCAGCGCAGAUGACAAGACAUGGGAAGGGGCAAAUUCUCCUCAGUCGUCUGGUCACACACCUUACUAUCAGUCUCCAGUAGAUGAAAAAGCAGGAGCUCUACCACCUGUGUCAGAAGACAAAGCAAGGGGUCCAGUAAUUGUGGAGGUCACAAGUGAUAAAGAGGACUCCUCCAACAGGGAUACUCCAGAGCCUAAUGAGCCAGAACAAGAGAGUUCCUUCCCUGCAGAGAGAGUAAUGUCCCCCCUCUUAAAAAGUCCCCCUCCAACUGAGCCUGAAUCCACAAUGAAGAACGAAAAGUUAUCCUUUGAUAUAGAUCACAAGAAAACUGAGGAAAACAGCCAUUCAAUCUUGUCCUCAACACUAAUGACCAAACAGGAAUCAGACACCAAUCCUUUCACAGCAUUCAAAGAAGAGAGUAAAAUGUCAAUUUCAGAGGGUACCACAUCAGACAAGUCAGGCACACCUCUGGAGGAAGUGGUAGCAGAGGACACAUUUUCACAUUUAGCUUCAGCGUCCACCGCCUCCCUGGCCACCAGCUCCUUUCCAGAGCCCACCACUGAUUCUCCUUCCCUUCAUGCUGAGGUAGGCUCUCCUCACUCAACAGAAGUAGAUGACUCUCUGUCUGUCUCUGUGGUUCAGACCCCAACCACCUUCCAUGAAGCUGAGGGAUCACCAUCUAAGGAAGAUAGCCCCAGGCCCAUGUCCAUCUCCCCAGACAUCUCACCAAAGACAAAAAGUAGAGGACAGAUGCAAGACACAAAAUCCCCAGAGCACUCUACUAUGUCAAUAGAGUUUGGCCAAGAGUCCCCUGACCACUCCUUAGCCCUCGACUUUAGUAGGCAAUCUCCAGAGCACCCAUCUUUGGGAGGCAGCUCACGUGCUACGGAGAAUGGUCCAACUGAGGUAGACUACAGUCCCACAGAUGGAACUGACGGAAAACCAUCUAGAGAGAAAAUUUCUACAGUGGAAAAGGCGUUGCUUUUUGAAGAUAGUGAUUCAGCCCGUGCCACUUCUGCAACCCCAUCAGAUGCAUCUCAGUCCACUCCCUCUGUUACAACCCCAUGCCAAAUGGCAGAAAUGCCACCUGGUGUGGUUGAGCAGACAGAAAGGUCUCCUGUCACCCCAAAAGCAGCCUCUCUCACCCACUCUCCCCAUUCCAAUGAGCCAUCCCCAGUGCUCGGAAGUCCCCCGGAUAAAGAUAGCACCAGCCCAAUUUCACCAUCCAUGGAGAGCAUUGCUUAUAAAUUUGACACACAGCAAAAAUACGAAAAGUCACCCUCACCUCCUCAAGCUGCUUCCCCAUCAUCCUCUUUUUCAUUUUCAAAAGAAGGGACACUUGCCCAGGCAAAGGAGACUAAUCCCUUUAAAUGUGAGGAUUUUACACUUGAAGCAAAAUCCCCCGUGAGCCCCAAAAUUCCUUCCCCAUCAUCCUUACCUCUCUUCUCUGAUCUGUCUAAUUACAAUUCUGCGUGUGGCUCCAGGGACCCAGAUUUCACAAAGAAAAGUCCCUCAGCUCCAUCUAGGACAGAUGUCGACCUCUGCCUAGUCACUUCAUGUGAGUAUCGUCACCCCAAGACAGAACUCUCCCCAUCUUUCAUCAACCCCAACCCUCUUGAAUAUUUCAUCAAUGAAGAGAACAACUUGCAGGAGGGGAAGCCUCUGGCCAAGUUAGGAGGAGGGCCCCCACCCCCAGGGGGUAAGCUGUCUGCCAAGCAAUGUGAGGAGACCCCACCCACAUCCAUCAGUGAAUCUGCCCCCUCCCAAACUGAUUCAGAUGUUCCACCAGGGACAGAGGAGUGCCCCUCCAUCACAGCAGAUGCUAACAUUGAUUCUGAGGACGACUCUGAGACUCUACCUACUGACAGAACCCUUACCUACAGGCAUGCCGAUCCUCCUCCGGUCGCACUCAGGGAUUCUGCUCCAUCUUCAGGCCACCACGAUGUCUGCAUGGUAGACCCAGAGGCCCUCAAAGCUGAAGAAAACCUUCACAAUGCUAAUACAGAUGGAAAGACCAAGAAGAAAAAGCUCUUGAAGAAGUCCUCCUCGCCAGCCAGGAAGACUGGUCUAUCAAAAGUGAAGGACUCAAAGACGGCCUCUCCUAAGAAGAGUGUCGGAGAAGGGAAAGAUGCCAAAAAUGCAACCAAUACCUCUGCAUCCAGAGGUGUAAAAAGUGCCACAUCAGGUGAUGGAAAGGUAUCAGGCGGGGCAGCUCUGCCCAACUGUCCUCCCAUGUAUAUGGAUUUGGUUUACAUCCCCAAUCACUGCAGUGCCAAGAAUGUGGAUGCAGAGUUCUUUAAGCGCGUGCGAUCUUCUUAUUAUGUGGUCAGUGGCAAUGACCAGACAGCUCAGGAGCCCAGUAGGGUUGUCCUUGAUGCCCUGCUGGAAGGAAAGGCCCAGUGGGGAAACAACAUGCAGGUUACCCUUAUUCCAACCCAUGACACUGAUGUGAUGAGAGAGUGGUACCAGCAGACCCACGACAAGCAGCAGGAGCUGAACAUCAUGGUCCUGGCCAGCAGCAGCACUGUUGUAAUGCAGGAUGAGUCAUUCCCGGCUUGUAAGAUAGAGAUGUAG